UCAACUGUGAUAUACUUUUUGACCCAACAAUUCCAAAACAAACCAACCCAAAAAAAACCCCAACAAUGUCGGGAACCGAUGGUACCCCAGAAAUUGGCUUAGGCUCUUUCAAUACCAUUAACAUAGAAGGAACCAAUGCCGGAGCUACGAUGAUCAUCCGUCACGGCACGUCCGGCGAGCACGAAGGCUGUUGCUGCAUCAACAUUUACACCAACAGCAACGUUCAAGGUUGUAACAGUUCUGUGUUGGUGGGGAGUAACAUAAAAAUGAAGAAUCCAGGGGUGCAUAUCUACUUGGGAGAUCUUAAGUUUGGCGGAGGAGGAUGUUCAAAACCCAGAUCAUUUAGUAGAAGAAGAACAGGCGGUGGUGCUACAGUAGAUUUUAGUAGCGUCUUUCUGUUUGUAUUUGUUCCUGUUAUUUUAAGUCUCUUGCUUUCUCAUGUGCUGCUUUAGUGAGUGUUAAUUGUAUUUGUUCAUAGUUUAUUUAUUGUUAUUUGAAGAAUAAUAUUUGAAGAAUAAUAUGGAAUACAAAACUAAAGAAAAAGGAGAAGAAUUGUUUUUCUUUUCCAA